AUGGAGGAAGUUCCCGGAGCGUUUGGCACCAGCGCUAGCUUGUCUCUUCGUUUGGGUCAAACCGUUUUCUCAUCUGCUUCUCUUUGCUUCAUGUGCUUGGACGUUGGUUUCUACUCCUUCACUUCUUUCUCGUUCUUGGUAACAGUAAUGGGUUUGGCAAUUCCAUGGAGCAUAACAUUAUUCUUGGUAGAUGCUUACUCCGUCUUCAUACAAUGCUUGCCGAUUCAAAGAAGGCUCAUAAUGAUAAUCGUUUUUGGAGACAUGGUUAUGUCCUAUAUCUCGUUAGCCGCAGCAUGUUCUGCAGCAAGUGUGACAGAUCUUCUGCAUGAAGCUGGUGGAUCACGUUGCCCUGCAACGUUAUGUGGUAGAUAUCAAUUGUCUGCUGCUAUGGCAUUUUUGUCUUGGUUUCUUUCAUCAGCUUCGUGUCUUUUCAAUUUUUGGAUUUUACCUUCUCUAUAA